AAUCAGGCUCACUUUCACUCACUAUUAGACACAAAAAUAUUAGUUAACUAUUUGUGACCACAAAAUGAAUGCUAAACUUAUUUUAAUAGCUAUUUUCUUAAUUGUGUUAACCAUUAUAAGUAAUGCAUGUGCUCAAGGUUGGGGACCGGGAUAUGGAGGGUAUGGUGACUACGGCUACGAUAGGCCUGACAUUGGCCGUUUCGGGUACGGGUCGGGCGGGUUUGGGCGCCACCAUCAGCACCGACACCAAAGUCAACGCUUUCAGAGCCAGAGUGAGAGCGCCGGCGGUUUUGGCGGAUAUGAGCGGAACUAUCGCCGACAAGACCAGAGCUACGGGAGCGACGAGUCUGAUAUGACCGAUGAUUACAAAUAGGACACUCCCCUCACCUCCCUGUCCAGUUUCAAUCAUAUUACAUGAUAUUUGAUA